AUGUCUGUAGACUUUCAAAUCAUCGGUUGCGGUGUCUUUGGGCUCUCUCUUGCUCUUGAGCUCAAGCAUCGCCUGCCAGCCGCUACAAUCCGCCUCUUUGAUCGAUAUGAACCGCCAGUAUCUGAUGGUGCGAGUGUUGACACGUCACGCAUCAUUAGAGCAGAUUACGCAGACCCAAUCUAUGCCGCUCUCGGCAUCGAAGCCAGAGCUGCUUGGCUCGCUGAUAUGGAGCUUCAAGCGUGCUAUCAUGAAACCGGCUUCAUCUUGACUGUUCAAGGUAACGAUGAUCGAGGCUACCUAGAUAGCUGCCUUGCCAAUGUCAAAGCAAGCGGUGUCGCAGCUACAGAAUUGUCUCAUACAGACAUCUUCACUCGAAUCAAACAAGAUGGCUCACAUGCACAGCAUCAGCUACGGGGGUAUGCGAACCCUAUUUCUGGCUGGGCAGAUGCAGAAGCAACGAUACGUGUGCUGUAUGCGCGACUCAAAGCGCAGCCUGGUGUCUAUUUCGUGUUUGAGCAGGUGAUGCAUUUGCUCUACGAAGGCGAUACUGUGUCUGGCCUCCAGACAGUCUCAGCGGAGCAGUAUCAUGCAAAACAAACAGUCUUGGCAACAGGCGCCUGGCAACUCCCUGAUGUCGCCGUUCCCACCCUUGCUACUGGCCAAGUCCUUGCUUGGAUUGCGCUCUCCGACGAAGAAGAGCAGCGUUUCAGUCACAACUUUCCUGUUCUCAUCAACUUUUCCUCUGGCUGGUUCGUAUUGCCUGCUUACAAGGGUGAACUUAAGAUUGCUCGACAUGCACUAGGUUAUACAGCAAUGCGAACGAUUGGAGAAGGCUCUAUUGCUCGUACCAUCUCGGUACCACGAACAAGCUUAAGUCAUCCAGGUCAGCAGAUUCCUGAAGAAGGCGAGCAAGCCCUUCGACAGGGACUUGAGCUCUUCCUGCCUAACUUGGCAAAGCGGCCAUUCAAGCGGACGCGAACGUGUUGGUAUUCGGAUACACCCAAGGGUGACUUUUUGAUUGAUUGGCAUCCCUCAAAACGCAACUUGUUCGUUGCCAUGGGUGGGAGUGGUCAUGCCUUCAAGUUUGCACCGUUGCUCAGUAGAGAGAUUGCAGACAUCUUGCUGGAUACACAGCACAAAGAUCCAAAGUUGGCAACGGUCAAGGCACAGCGACGGCAGAAGUGGAGUUUCACUGCAGCACAGGAAGCACUGGAGACGGGCACAGGGGAUGAUUCUCGCGGUGUCGGUGGUCAUUUGGAAUGGGAUGAUAUCGCUUGA